CUAUAAGUGAAAACAAUAAUUGAUAACCUAAAAUUAUUAUAAUUUUGUCGAAUUAAAAUAUAAAUAUUUAAUAAUGAAUUUAUAUGUCACUACAAGAUUUAUAAGAACCAAUUUCGUUAGUAAUUUAUCUCGUUUCUCCACAACAACUCCUGAAGUUAUCGAACAAAACGAUCAAGUUUUGUUCGACGACGCCGAUGAUGUGCAGGCAAAAGAGGCCGAGAUCGAGAAAAAAAGAAACAUAUCUCGCCUAUCUAACGCGCAUUACAACCUUAUAAAUGGUCGUCGGCCGUACGACACACCUAAAUCAUUAGCACACCUCACAGUCAAAUACAAUAGAAAGAUUUAUGGCAAAUAUGGAAGUGCUAGCGGUAUCAACCCAAGUUUAUGUUGGCCCACUAAGAAUGAGAUACAAGAAAAAAUAGAAUAUGAAUCUGUGGCCUUUCCAUAUACAAUCAAAGAGAUGAUGGUGACAGCAGCACAGAAGAGAAGAGAGGAACAGUUAAAAAUAGAACAAAGGGAGAAAGAUAUAGCCACCAAAUUUGAGAAGUUGGAACAGUGGAAGAAAGAUCUUAAUGAUAAGUUGGCAAAGAAGAUAGCUGAAGUGGAAGCUGCUAAGGCAAAGAAGGAACGCCUCGUUGAAGAGGUACGAAGACACUUUGGAUUUAAACUCGACCCACGAGAUGAGAGGUUCCAGGAAAUGUUGGCCAAGAGGGAGAAAGAACAAAAGAAACUUGAGAAGCAAGCUCGCAAAGAAGCUAAAGAUAAGAUGAUGCUGGCGAAAAUUCAGCAGAAAAAUGUAAAACUGGAAAAAGCUUAGCUUAAUUAUAACUCUUAUAGAUAAUUGUUUUGUACUAGUUUUAGAGUAUUGUAAAUA